AUGAGAAUGUGCAUCGAUUAUAGGCAGUUGAACAAGGUAACAAUUAAAAACAAGUACCCCUUACCUCACAUUGAUGAUUUAUUUGACCAGCUUCAGGGAGCGAGGGUGUUCUCAAAAAUUGAUCUCCGUUCGGGUUACCACCAGUUAAAAAUCAGGGACUCAGAUAUUCAUAAGACUGCUUUCAGGACUAGAUAUGGUCACUAUGAAUUUCUUGUCAUGUCUUUCGGGCUGACCAAUGCCCCAGCAGCUUUCAUGCACCUGAUGAACAGUGUGUUCCGGCCUUACCUGGAUUCAUUUGUAAUAGUAUUCAUUGAUGACAUACUGGUACACUCGCGCAGUCAGGAGGAGCACGCGCAGCAAUUGAGAGUUGUAUUGCAGAGAUUAAGGGAGGAGAGGCUUUAUGCAAAGUUCUCCAAAUGUGAGUUC